UGUCGCUCUGUUUCACAAAGGCGCAGAUGCGCUCAUGCGCUCAUGCAAAUGGUGUAAGAGACGGUGAAACCUCCCACUACUUAAUACUAAAUAAUUACCCUACUUUAGAUUCCAGAACUGAGAAGCGUCACCUUUAAUCUAUAUGUACCUAUACUUAUAAAAAAAAAAGCUUUGGGUAAUACACGAUGAACAUUGACUGGCUCCUCGAUCGCGGCUACCUGCCGCAUCCCGUGAUCCGGGUUGGUAUCCGGCGGCAGUUGGCGCAGCGGCUCGAGGAGAUUAAGUCGUCGAUUCUGGCAGCCGACUACGAGCGUAAGAUGAAGUACAUUGAGCUGCUGUGCACGCGGCCCAUCGCCAUCGAGACCGCCACCGCCAACACGCAACACUACGAAGUCGGUACGGGCGUCCUGGCCAGCAUGCUGGGCCCCCGCAUGAAGUAUUCCUGCAGCCUGUACCCUAAGGGCGGCGAGACCCUCGCCCAGGCCGAGAUGGCCAUGCUGGAGCUAUAUGCCGCAAGGGCAGAGCUCCGGGACGGCAUGAGCAUCCUAGAUCUAGGAUGCGGCUGGGGUUCCGGCGCCCUGUAUUUCGCCGAGAUGUUCCCCAAGUCCAAGAUCACGGCGUUCUCGAACUCGCGGACGCAGAAGGAGUACAUCGACGCCAAGGCCAAGGAGAAGAACCUGGCGAACCUGACGGUCAUUACGGGGGACGUGGUGGACUACGAGUUCAAGAAGCAGAGUUUUGACCGGGUGGUCUCGAUAGAGCUCUUCGAACAUAUGAAGAAUUAUGAGCAGCUUAUGGCUAAGAUAGCGAGGGCGCUGAAGCCGGGGGGGAAGCUAUUUGUGCAUAUUUUCGCGCAUAAGAAUACCCCGUAUGAUUAUGAGGAGGGCUGGAUGACUACGUAUUUUUUUACUGGUGGGACUAUGCCGUCGGCGGAUCUACUGCUGUAUUUCCAGAAAGACCUUCAAGUUGAGAAGCAAUGGUGGGUCAACGGAAAUAAUUACUCCAAGACAUGCGAGCAUUGGCUUUCCAACAUGAUCGCGAACAAGAAGAAUAUAUGGCCGCACCUAGAAGAGACGUACGGAGAGGACAACGCGAAUAUGUGGUACAAUAGGUGGCAGAUCUUUCACAUGGCUUGUUCGGAGUUAUUCGCCUAUGAGGGUGGGGAUACCUGGGGAGUAGCCCAUUAUCUGUUCGAGAAGCCGAAACAAUCAUGAUAGCAACGCCGUAGUAUGUGGUACACUGUAUAGACUGAUAGCCUGAUUCUUCUCUUCUAUUGACCUGGGCCUCCCGAUGACUGGUGACCAUUGCGUAUCUGCACCUUCAUCCCCAAUCCUUCAUAGUCAUGGUAUCUGCUCUCUGUAUCUACCCUCUGCGCGGUUCUAUAUCACCUUCGUCGAAUUACCAGUCUAGUGGUCCCAUGGGUGCUUCCAGCCUAGUAGGACGGGGCC